UGAUUUAACAAAUAUUAUCAAUGUUAAGAUUCAACGGAAUUCUGUUUAUGUUUGGAAACACUAAAAAAAUAAUGUUAUUUAACAAAAAAGAAAGUAAAAUCUUGAUUCUAUUUAUCAUCGCACAUUCUCCAUCUCUACCUUCCACUGUCGAUUUCGCUUGUAAUUGAAGUGAAACCUAACCUAACAUUAUUUCAUGCAGAGUCAAGAACGUCAGCUUGGCGAGUAGUACACGAAACAAAGAGUGUGGUGCGGAUAAUUAAGACGAUUUAAUAAGUGCAAAAAUGCCGGACCAUUUAGGAGAAGAUAUGCGAAAAGUGAAGAAUGAGGAGGAGAAGGAAGAAAAAGAGAUAAAAUCAUUGGAUGAAGGUGAUAUCGCUUUAUUGAAGACUUAUGGUCAAGGACAAUAUACAAAAUGCAUUAAGGCCGUUGAAGAGGAUAUUCAGACAAUCAUCAAGCGUGUGAAUGAACUAACUGGGAUUAAAGAGUCGGAUACUGGUCUAGCACCACCAGCACUUUGGGAUUUGGCUGCAGACAAGCAGACUUUACAGAAUGAACAACCUCUCCAAGUGGCACGUUGUACUAAAAUCAUAAACGCGGAUUCUGAUGAUCCAAAGUACAUAAUAAAUGUGAAGCAAUUUGCAAAGUUUGUGGUUGAUUUGGCGGAUUCCGUGGCACCUACUGAUAUAGAGGAAGGCAUGAGAGUGGGAGUGGAUCGUAACAAGUACCAGAUUCAUAUCCCGUUACCAUCUAAAAUCGACCCGACCGUGACAAUGAUGCAAGUAGAGGAGAAGCCCGACGUCACCUACAGCGACGUCGGUGGCUGCAAGGAACAAAUUGAGAAGUUACGAGAAGUCGUCGAAACACCAUUGUUACACCCAGAAAAAUUCGUCAAUUUGGGCAUCGAGCCACCGAAAGGAGUUCUAUUGUUUGGACCACCAGGUACAGGGAAGACCCUGUGCGCCAGAGCGGUGGCUAACAGAACGGAUGCCUGUUUCAUACGUGUGAUCGGCUCAGAAUUGGUGCAGAAAUAUGUUGGUGAGGGUGCCCGAAUGGUCAGAGAACUGUUUGAAAUGGCGCGUAGUAAAAAAGCGUGCUUGAUAUUCUUCGAUGAGAUUGAUGCGAUCGGCGGUGCACGUUUCGACGAUGGCGCGGGCGGCGAUAACGAAGUGCAAAGGACUAUGCUCGAGUUGAUCAAUCAGUUAGAUGGAUUUGAUCCACGCGGCAACAUAAAGGUCCUGAUGGCGACAAACAGACCGGACACCUUGGAUCCUGCGCUGAUGCGGCCGGGCCGUCUCGAUAGGAAAAUCGAAUUCGGCCUGCCGGAUCUUGAGGGACGCACACAUAUCUUCAAGAUCCACGCGCGCUCGAUGAGCGUCGAGAGGGACAUCAGAUUUGAAUUGCUUGCACGCCUUUGUCCGAAUAGUACUGGCGCCGAAAUACGUUCUGUCUGUACCGAGGCUGGUAUGUUCGCGAUUCGCGCGCGCCGCAAAGUCGCCACGGAGAAGGAUUUCCUCGAGGCGGUCAACAAGGUCAUCAAGUCGUACGCUAAAUUCUCCGCAACACCCAAGUACAUGACUUACAAUUAGAGCGCAUUGCGCGAUCAUUUCGAUUUUCUUCGCUAAGUUAUCAUUAGAUAAGACUUAGGUGUUAUUAUUUCUAUCAAUUGGAAGAUAAAUCAGAAAGCAAGUCAGUGUCUUCAAGCAGUAAAAUAAUAAAUGUUGUUUUCUGUUUAUCCGGUAGCAAAUUGCGAUUAAAUUAUAAUAAGACAGAAGCUGUAUACAAGGUGAAUCAAUAAUAAUGAUCAUAUGAGAUAA